GGGAUUGGAAAAUCGCAGCUGGAAAUGGGGAGAGGCAUGACAAAGCGUGACUGGUAAUAGGUCGACAUGUCAGAGAAUCAUAGUGAUACAGCAUGGUAACAGGCCCUUCAGCCCAACUUGCCCACACCAGCCAACAUGUCCCAGCUACAUCAGUCCAUAUGUAUUUAAUGCAUGACCUUUUGUGUACCGACCAGCAUCUGCAGUUCCUUGUUGCUACAAUUUGCCAAAGCCACUGCACUGGGUAUGAGGGAAAGGGUUUGUUUUUUUUUGCCUUCAGGGAUAACAGCAGAUAUCAAGGACAUCCUUUGAAAAGCCCAAUUCAGAAAAAUCCUGCAUUAGUCCAAAAUAAAUUUGCGAGCGAAUUGCAAAUGAUUUCCACUAAUUGGGUGCAUGGGAAGAGAGAGAGAAGCGAUCUGCAUUUUUAUUUUAAUGAACUUGCGUUUAAAGCAGGGCGGAAUGGUUCGAAUCCCACCUCGGAAGGUCUACCUCCUCGUCUCCCCUCUACUCCCGUUACCCGGAGACCAGAUCAGCCUCGGUUGCUAAGGGGAGGCAGACGUCGGUGAGAGACAGCAUCGUAGCCCAGUCGGUGGUGCGAUCUCGGGGGUUGCAGCUAAUAGCGAGGCUGGAAAAGAACAGCGGGCGGUGCUAAGGCGGGCUUCCAAUGUAUUCGGUGUAGCAUUUUCUCACUCUCUCUCACCGAGCAUCACAUUGUUACGGGGAGAAAAUAAAGGAUACGGUGAUGUGUUUUUUUAAUUUGCAUCCUGCUUUCUUCCAUCUCACUGCGAGGCUCUGUUGUGGAUGGCUUACAGUGUUUCACUCAAACUGCAGCACGAUUUGCGUGUGGAGCCUUGUGGAUUCUACCGAGAAGCAAGCGUGCAGUUUCAGAUGAAGUCUGCGGGCUCUGUGGAUCAGGAUUUGUUCACAGACACCUACUGCAAGGUCUGCAGCGCUCAGCUGAUCUCCGAGUCGCAGCGAGUGGCGCAUUAUGAGAGCCGGAAGCACGCGAGUAAGGUGCGUCUGUACUACAUGCUUCAUCCCGUGGAUGGCGGAUGUCCUGCCAAGAAGCUCAGAGCGGAAAACGUAAGCAGGCAGACGAUGACUGAUGUGGACAAGAACAGGGGCUGCACCCUCUGCAACAUGUCCUUCACCUCGCCGUGCCUUGCUGCACCCCACUAUUCAGGUCAACACAGCCCAUUGCACAUAAAGAGACUUAAAUCUAUAUUGGGGAGCGCUACACCAAUGCAGGCAACUGCUCUAAAACGCAGUUACAGCUGCAGUUUGUGUCAUGUUGUCCUGAACUCCAUAGAACAAUACCACGCUCAUCUGCAGGGGUCCAAACAUCAGACCAACCUGAAAAACCGAUUGUGAGAUUCGAGAGCAAAGCCGUGAAUGGAGGCCCGACUUGAGCGGUUCUCUGGCCAUCGCACGAAAACGUGGACCUCACACAGAGACGGGCAUCUUUCUCAAACGGCCUUUGUCGCAUUCGAAUGUUUCACUUUCCGGACACAGAGGCAGCCUGCGGUGACUCAUGGAACUCCGAAUGCCCACAGGAGGCAAAGUCCAGCGGGGGCUGCCCCUCAUUGACACACGACCGAGUACUUCGCGGGCGAGGAAGAAUCUGUAUCAUCCGAGCCCGCUCAUCCCUAGAGACGAUAGCUUGUCGCCGGUUAGGUUGCAGAUAAAAGAGAUUCUGCAAAAUGUAACCUGAAUUCCUGCAAAAAAAAUGAAAAGAAGAAAAUCCCAAACUAUUUCUUGAAAGUUUUUAAACUUUUUGAAGAAAGAACUUGCAUUUAUUUAUAGAUAGACAAAAAUGCUGGAGAAACUCAGCAGGCGAGGCAGCAUCUAUGGAGCAAAGCAAAAAGGCAACGUUUCGGGUCGAGAUCCUUCUUCAGACUCGACAUUUAUUUUAUGUAAUCUCUCACAAGGUUACGAGCCCCAUGUCUUCUCGGAAUCUAUUAUGUACUUUUAAAGUGUAAUUUUUUUUUUUCUCUCGAGAAAUGCAUGAUUGAGUUGGGCCCACCAAGUCCGCAGGAAACAGCUGGAGAAUUGGUCUGGAUCCUUGGCGGGCUCCUAUACUCCCCAGCUGAGCGGACACAGGGGGAGGUGGGUUUAAUCCAAACGAAAGGACCUCCAGAGGUGCAUCAUUGACAUCAUGGAGGUGUCAGCCUCAAUUAAACGCUUAAAGCUGUGAAGCCGAGUUUGGUCCCAUGGGAGUGAGGUGAAGACACUAGUGAUUCAUUCCGUUGGAAUCCUAUUUCUUCAUCGGUGGAGCCUGGAUCACAAUCUGUUCGAGCCACUCAGUGUGAAGAGUCCUAUUUGAAUGCACAACAAACAUUUCCCUGCUAUUGCAUAUCCAAUAAAUUAAAAGUCCCCCUUUUGGUUUUGAAGGUUUUCAGAGGUCUCGAAGCAAUACAGUUAAACACACAACAUGCUCACCUAUAAACAAACGGUUAAUGUUGUGCGGUGAUUAUACUGAAGGUAGACACAAAACGCUGGAGUCAUAAGUCACAAGGUCAGUAGUGAUAGGUAGAAUAAGGCCAUUCAGCCCAUCACGUCUACUCUGCCAUUCAAUCAUGGCUAAUCUAUCUCUCCCUCCUAACCCCACUCUCCUGCCUUCUCCCCAUGACCUCUGACACCUGUACUAAUCAAGAAUCUAUCUACAGUAUCUCUGCCUUAACAAUAUCCACUGACUUGGCCUCUACAGCCUUCUGUGGCAAAGAAUUCCACAGAUUCGCCACCCUCCAACUAAAGAAAUUUCUCCUCAUCUCCUUCCUAAAAGAACGUCCUUUAAUUCUGAGGCUAUGACCUCAAGUCCUAGACUCUCCCACUAGUGGAAAUAUCCACAUCCACUCUAUCCAGGACUUUCACAAUUCUGUAUGUUUCAAUGAGGUCCCUCCUCAACCUUCUAAACUCCAGCGAGUACAGACCCAGUGCAAACAAACGCUCAUCAUAUGUAAACCCACUCAUUCCUGGGAUCAUUCUUGUAAACCUCCUCUGGACCCUCUCCAGAGCGAUCACAUCCUUCCUCAGAUAUGGGGUAACAGGUAGCAUUUCCGGAGAAAAGGAAUAGGUUAUGUUUCGGGUCAAGAACCUCCUUCAGACUGAGGGAAAUUAUACUCGUGAUUUUAGGGACCAAUCAUCCUAAAGAAAAUGAUCAAAUCUGUGAUUUGAUGUGGUGCUAAAAUAUCUCCCAUUUUAACGAGCCUUGCUCUGUAAAUCCAGCACUGGAUAGUAUCUAUUAGAUUUAUAGAAUGAACUGCAGAUAAAUCGCACCUUUGAUCUCAGAAUAGGGGGAAAAAAAGGCAAUUGUUUCCGAACAGCUUUGCUGAGGGAAACCUGAACAGAAACCUCUGGAGACUUUGCGCCCCACCCAAGGUUUCCAUGCGGUUCCCGGAGGUUGCCGGAGGUUGCAGGUAGUGGAAGCAGGUAGGGAGACUGACAAAAACCUCCGGGAACCGCACGGAAACCUUGGGUGGGGCGCAAAGUCUCCAGAGGUUUCCCUUCAGGUUUCCUAAGUGGGACAGAGGCAUUAGACAUUAUUUUUUUCUUUCUCCUAACGUUUGCACCUGUGUGUUUCACUGUAAGGGUCGCAGUCAUAGAGUGAUACAGCAUGGAAACAGGCCCUUCGGCCCAACUUCCCCACACUGGCCAAAAUGUCCCAGCUACACUUGUCCCACCUGCCCGCGUAUAGUCCGUAUCCCUCCAAACCUGUGCGGUCAAACCAGUCAGAUGCUGGCUGUACAUACUCGCUGGGGAUAUUCCUUGAGAAUAUUUACACUGCCUGCCCCAGCUCUAGGUCAGUAUCAAGGAUACAAGGUUGCAAAUCUCCACAUUACGCACAGAAAAUCAAUGAUCCUUGGCCUCAAAGAAUGAAUGAAUCCUGAUGAAUCCAUGGCUUUAGUUUGGUGGAAGUACAGGUUGCAAAAUGAGGUCUGCUUAAGUACUAUCAACAAAACCCCAUCGCCCCCUCCAAUCUGCAAGAUGGCAUCAGAGAGCAAGUUUACAUUUUGGACAUGACUUUUGCCAGCAAAUAAUAAACUGUUGGAGGAACUCCGGGGGCCGAGCAGCAUCUAGGGAGGGAAAGGAAUCGCUGACGUUUUGGGUCGCGCGCAACUUUGUCCAAUUGGAAUGUGAUUGAAAUCAUUGUGUGUUGUUGCAAUUCCCAGUCAAAAAUAGUUUUGUAUUUAUGUUGCCGAGUAACACACAGCUGUAACGUGCUUCAUCCCCAAUGACAAAAGGUUUCAUUCUAACUGCACUUUUGAAGACAUUUUCUCUGUCGAUGGGAAAAUAUAGUCGGAUGAGACUGCUGUUGUUUCAUCUUUCACGUGGCCUGGAAUUGACACUGAAGGCUCAAUUGAUGAUGACAAGUAUGUAAGUCACGCUGAGGGAUUGACAUAGAGUAGAGGGCAGGUUCCUGGAAGCGUUGGCACAUCCCACCAACAUUUGGAAGGGAGAUGCAUUCCACUAGAGGUUCUGGAACUCUUGUAGAUUAAUUCCUUGUUUCGAAAACGGAGAAACUGGUUAAUGAACCACCCGCACACUAACAUUAUCGGUGAAGUGUAUCCCUUCCACUUGACAACCUCCUCAUUCCCCGUGUGCAAUAAAACAUUGACUAAGCUGCUGUGUGGAUCUUUAUUGCAAUAGAAGGGAAUUUAAAACUGUGCAAAAUAACAUAAAAAUGGUUGUUUUAUGAACAAUGGAAUGGUUAGAGGUGCAGGAAAGCUGGGUUGUGUUCUUGGACGGCACGGUGGUGCAGCGGUAGAGUUGCUGCCUCACAGUACCAGACACCCGGGUUCGAUCCUGACCAUUGGUGCUGUCUGUACGGAGUUUGUACGU